AUGCGUACCUACGACGACUCCUUCAGCGGCCAGAAGAUCUACCCUGGCAAGGGCAAGCUCUACAUCCGUGGUGACAGCAAGAUCUUCCGCUUCCAGAACGGCAAGACCGAGUCUCUGUUCCUCCAGCGCAAGAACCCUCGCAAGAUCUCAUGGACCACCCUCUACAGGAGGCAGCACAAGAAGGGUAUCUCUGAGGAGGUCGCCAAGAAGCGCACCCGCCGCACCGUCAAGCAGCAGCGUGCCAUCGUCGGUGCCUCGCUCGAUGUGAUCAAGGAGCGCCGCUCCCAGCGCCCCGAGGCCCGCACCGCUGCCCGCGCCGCCGCCGUCAAGGAGGGCAAGGACAAGAAGGCCGCCUCCGAGUCGGCAAAGAAGGCCGAGAAGGCCAAGUCCGCCGCCGCCGGUGCCCGUGGCCAGGCCGCCAAGAUCCAGUCGAAGCAGGGCUCCAAGGGCGCCGCCCCCAAGGUCCAGGCCAGGACCCGUUAA